UGGUAGUCAACUGUGUAGCAAUAUGGCGAAGGUUGUCACGAGCUCGGUGAGACGUAGUGUGGUUUACUCAUGAACGGUUUGCAGUAUGGGUUGAAAAUAAUGUAGCGUUUAAGAAUCCUGCAUAAGUAACAAAAUUGUGAAUUUUGGUUUGUGUGGUUUUGAGAUCGGUAUACAGAGUGCUAAUUACGGUGUGAAACAUGGCCACGGAUAAGAUUAAGGUUGCUGUGCGGGUCCGACCGUUCAAUCGCAGAGAAUUGGAACUUGGGACACAAUGCGUCGUAGAAAUGUCUGGAGAGCAAACUAUUUUGCAGCAUCCUCUAACGAUGGAAAACAUUGACCGAAACAAGCCUAAGACAUUCGCAUUCGAUCACUGCUUUUACUCGUUGGAUCCAAGUAUGGAAAAGUUUGCAAGUCAAGAGGUCGUAUUCGAUGCAUUAGGUCGAGAUAUUUUGGAUAAUGCAUUUCAGGGUUACAACGCGUGCAUCUUCGCCUAUGGACAAACCGGAUCCGGAAAGUCCUACACAAUGAUGGGCAGCGGUGAAAAUAAAGGCAUAAUUCCCAGACUAUGCGACAACCUUUUCGAUAUGAUUGCAAAACAACAGAGCUCCGAGUUGUCCUACAAAGUGGAAGUCUCUUACAUGGAAAUCUACAACGAGAAAGUGCACGACUUGCUGGAUCCAAAGCCGAAUAAGCAUUCCCUUAAAGUUAGAGAGCACAACGUCUUAGGUCCUUAUGUAGAUGGCCUUAGUCAACUCGCCGUGACCUCGUUUCAGGACAUUGAUAAUUUAAUGACAGAAGGCAAUAAGUCAAGAACAGUAGCAGCGACGAACAUGAAUUCGGAGAGUUCUCGUUCGCAUGCCGUAUUUUCAGUCAUCCUUACACAAACUUUGACAGACCCGAAAAGUGGUGUCAGCGGUGAAAAAGUGUCUCGAAUGAGCUUAGUGGAUUUGGCAGGAAGCGAAAGAGCUGUAAAAACUGGAGCUGUAGGCGAUAGGCUUAAGGAAGGAAGCAAUAUCAAUAAAUCGUUAACGACUUUGGGUCUAGUCAUCUCAAAACUGGCAGAUCAGAGUUCUAGUGGCAAAAGCAGAGACAAGUUUGUACCAUACAGGGAUUCUGUUCUUACUUGGCUCUUAAAGGAUAAUCUUGGCGGUAAUAGUAAAACCGUAAUGGUUGCAGCGAUAUCACCAGCAGCAGAUAAUUACGAAGAAACUCUUUCCACGCUUCGUUAUGCAGAUAGGGCCAAGAGAAUAGUGAAUCACGCAGUAGUUAAUGAGGAUCCAAACGCAAGAAUUAUUCGUGAGCUUAGGCAAGAAGUUGAGGCGCUAAAGGAGAUGCUUUUGCAUGCGACGGGUCAAGGCUCCAUGGUAGUUCAACGACGAACAGACAUUACAGAGAAGCUCUCGGAAUCCGAACGACUGAUGAAAGAAAUGUCACAGACUUGGGAAGAGAAAUUGGUGAAAACAGAGAGGCUUCAACACGAAAGACAGCAGGCUUUGGAAAAAAUGGGUAUAAGCGUCCAAGCCUCUGGUAUACAAGUCGAAAAAAACAAAUAUUACUUAGUCAACCUCAAUGACGAUCCUAGUCUCAAUGAACUACUGGUAUAUUACUUAAAGGAAAGAACUCUGAUUGGUGGGAGAUCCGCAAAAACUGAUCAGGACAUUCAGUUGCAUGGCUUAGGAAUUUUACCAGAGCAUUCUGUAAUUACGAUAGAGGAAUCUGGUUUGUACAUGAUGCCUUUAAAUGGUGCUAGAUGUUUUGUUAACGGCAAUCAAGUUACAGAAAAGACGCCCCUACUUCAUGGCGAUAGGAUCGUUUGGGGUAACCACCAUUUUUUCAGAGUCAACUGCCCUAGAAGUUUGACAGCGCUUAACAACGAACCUCAAACUCCAGCACAAAAUAUCGACUACAACUUCGCUCGAGAAGAACUUAUGCUGAAUGAAUUAUCGAACGAUCCGAUCCAGAGAGCAAUCGCCAGACUUGAAAAACAACACGAAGAAGACAAACAGGUCGCUCUUGAAAAACAAAGACUAGAAUACGAGCGUCAGUUUCAGCAAUUGCGAAAUUUAGUAUCCCCGUCCACUCCAUAUGCACCUUACAUGCCCGACGAUCCGCUGCGCAGUAACCAAAGUGGCAAACUUCCUCUAUGCACGCCGACAACGCAAAUGCGAGUCGAAAAGUGGGCACAAGAACGAGACGAGAUGUUUAAGCGAAGUUUAGGUCAGUUAAAGGCUGACAUACUCAAAGCUAAUGCUUUGGUUCAAGAGGCGAAUUUCCUAGCAGAGGAAAUGGACAAGCAGACAAAAUUCAGCGUCACCUUGCAGAUACCACCAAAUAAUCUAAGUCCAAAUAGAAAGCGUGGUGCUUUCGUAAGCGAACCUGCAAUUUUAGUGAAGCGAAUCAAUUUGGGAAGCCAAGUGUGGUCCAUGGAGAAACUAGAAAAUAAGUUGGUUGACAUGCGGGACAUGUACGAAGAAAGAAAGUACUCAAACAUUUGUCAGCGGUUACCAGCCAUUAGGGGGGAUGUACCGGGAAAGACUCAAGACCCAUUCUACGAAACACAGGAGAAUCACAAUUUAAUUGGCGUCGCCAAUAUUUUCUUGGAAGUUCUUUUUCAUGAUGUCCGCUUGGAUUACCACACACCGAUUAUCAGCCAACAAGGAGAAGUCGCCGGACGACUUCAGGUCGAGAUCAGUCGAGUAUCAGGCAAUUUUCCACCAGAUCGCAUUUGCGAAGCAGCCUCAGAGUCGUCAACGGACUCUGAGUAUGAAGAUUAUUCUGAAUCGAGUCACAUCAAAUGCAGGGUUACGAUAAAACAAGCAAGCGGCUUGCCGCUAUCCCUAAGUCACUUUGUAUUUUGCCAGUACAUGUUUUGGGCACACCCAGAACCAAUUGUCGUCCCUCCCUGGCCAUCAUCUGAACAACCGGACUAUAAUUGCAUCACGGGACAAAAAGACUCACUUGCAUUUAAGUUCCAGCAUACGAAAGACUUUAUAGUACCAAUUAACGAAGAAUUCAUGGAGCAUUGCACGGAAGGUGCAUUAAGCAUUGAAGUUUGGGGACACAGAAGUGCUGGUUUUUCACGCAGCAAAUCUGGCUGGGAAAUAGAGCAAAAACAGUUGGCAAAAGCCAGAUCUCUAGCAGACAGGUGGUCCGAAUUGACCAGAAAAAUUGAACUUUGGGUCGAGAUUCAAGAAUUAAACGAGCAGGGAGAAUAUUCUUCGGUAGAGGUCGUCGUUAAACCAGACACGUUGACAGGUGGUAUUUAUCAACUUCGACAAGGUCAACAACGAAGAAUACAAGUUAGGGUCAAGCCGGUACAAAAUUCGGGAACGCUGCCUAUAAUCUGCCAGUCAAUUUUAAGCAUCGCAGUGGGGAGUGUUUCUGGAAGAAAUCGAAUCCAAAUUCCGCUAGACAGUUACCAAGACGAAGAUCUUAGUAUAUUAAGAGAAAAGUGGAGUGAAGCUUUAAUGAGACGAAGGCAAUAUCUGGAUCAGCAGAUACAGAAGCUCAUUAAUAAGCCAGAUAAAUCUGAACAGGAAAAGGAGAGAGAACAAAGUUUAGUCGAUCAAUGGGUCAGUUUAACCGAGGAGAGAAACGCUGUUUUAGUUCCUGCAGCAGGUUCAGGAAUACCUGGUGCGCCGGCUGAUUGGAGUCCACCCUCAGAUAUGGAGCCACACAUUCCAGUUUUAUUCCUUGAUCUUAAUGCUGAUGAUCUCUCAACGCACCAAUCUGGAGAAGAAGUGUCGGUGACAGGCCUCAAUUCUAUUUUACCUAAAGAACAUGGAAGCAAAUUCUACAAUUUACCAAUUAUUCGACACCUCGAAAAGGACGUGUGUGCCAUUGCGGCUUGGGAUUCGAGCAUACAUGACAGUGUUCAUCUGAACAGAAUCACGGACGCAAACGAAAGAGUUUUCCUAAUAUUAAAAACUACCGUACGCCUUUCUCAUCCAGCGCCUAUGGAUCUUGUGCUCCGCAAAAGACUCGCUCUCAAUAUUUACAAAAGACAGAGUAUAACCGAGAGAAUUUUUAAGAAAAUCGGACGAACUGACUGCUUGUCGCAGACAGGAGUUACGUAUGAGGUAGUGUCUAAUAUACCAAAGGCUAGUGAGGAGUUGGAAGAUCGAGAAAGUUUGGCGCAAAUUGCUGCCAGUGGUGAGGACAGUAGUUUGUGUGAUGGCGAGACUUACAUUGAAAAAUACACUCGGGGCGUUUCGGCUGUGGAAAGCAUCCUGACGUUGGAUCGACUGAGGCAAAGCGUAGCUGUGAAAGAACUUUUGCAAGCAAAAGGUCAACCCCUGAUGCGAAAGACAGCGAGUGUACCCAACUUCUCGCAGAUAAUGAGAUUCGAUACGUCAAUGGAUUCCUUGAAAGUACCUCGCUCUGAGAGUGUUACGGAUCUUAAUUCUGCGUUGAGUAACUUGAAAAUUUCGCGCAGACCAUCUUCCGGACAUGCAAGGAAUGAGGAAAACUUCAUCACUGCCCCGCCUAAACCAUUUGGAAUCGCGAGACCAACAUUCCUGAAUCUCAACUUGAAUCUCAACUCAUUGACACGUCUGCAACAAUCCAACUCUACCAAGUCAUCGCCUAAUAUGGUAGGAAGCAAAUUAGGAUUACGAAUGACGACGCUUCACGAAGAAACUUUGAAUACGGGAAAUCAAUUGUCUCCACCCACGCAAGACGAAGAUGAAGAGAAAAGUGAGGUUGAUUAUUGUGAUUACGAAACAUACCAGUCUACAAAAAUCAUCACGCCUAGUAUGAGCAGCAGUGGAUACGGAUCUCAAGCGGUUUCAACAUCGAAUCUAACUUCUGAAGACUCGAUCUCAGUUAAAUCUAUCAGCGUAGACGAAACGCCUGACGUUGAGUUUAGGACUCUACUUGAUGGCAGGAAACCCGAGAGAAUGGACAUUUUGCUAGUCGAAGAGUCACCUGAGGAAGAUUUGGGUGAAGUCAACACAGACUUAGACCAAUUAAAAUAUUCUCAAGACACCUGCUCAGAAAAACAUUGCAGUAGAGAAAUUUCAAGGAAGAACUUAGAGCAGGCUGGUGCUCAUGUAGAAACGAAAAAAAAUGCUUCUGUUGCUGCUACGAAGAGUGGCAGUAAAUUUUAUCGUGAAGAACAAGAACAGAGUAGAAACGUUCAGAAUUUCGACGCAGACGAUAAAAAAAGGAACGAAACUGAAAGCAGUCAGGCCUCUAAUUCUGGAGAUGACAGUCCCUUAGAAGGAAGUUCUAUAGUUCGCACUAAACUACCUUCCGGAAAGGUGGUUCGAAGAAGAAAGACUUCACUUAAUAGUUGUAAGCUAUCAAGUUCUCAGCACAGAGCGUCGUUUCCUAUGACCCAUCCACAUUUUUCUGAAAGUAACGCUGCAGCUCGUUUAGGGCAGACAAUCCAAUCAUCAAUUUUAAUGUCAUAUGAGAAUGGGGACAAUAGCUCUUCUGAACGAAUCGAUGACCAUACCAGUGAGAAAAUUUUCGCCUUUGGUUCAAAACAUGAUUUGACCAGAAUCGAAGCUCCCUUGCCAGACUGGGUUGUUGUAGGAGAAUCAGUCUUGGUUCGACCUUACAGUUAUUCUGGAGUCGUAGCAUACAUUGGCCCGACGGAAUUUGCAUCUGGAAAUUGGAUAGGAGUUGAGCUUGAUACGCCAACAGGAAGAAACGAUGGUGCUGUAAGCGGCCACAGAUAUUUCUCGUGUCGAUCAAAGUGUGGAAUUUUCGUUAAAUGUGAUAAGCUCAUCCAAGAUAAAAGGGGAAGAGCUCUUAGAAGUUACACCCAACAAGAACAUGCACCUCCACCAUCUACACCUAUGCGAAGAAGUUCCAGCAGGGGAGACGGAUUACAUUCUUUGCAUCGAAGCCGAAGUAGAGGCGAAGGAUUUCCGGCGACUGGUACGCGUUCUUCGCCCCGGAGCAAGUGAAUAAAAAACAUCGCUUAAUUGCAUUUUCGUUUCUAAUUACUAAACGAUAUACUAAUUGCAACAUGUCAAACAUAUGUGUAGCGAAAGUAUUUUUGGCCCCUUAAUUUUUAAGGCAGCUAUUGAGUGUCACGAAUUAUAAAUAUGAAAAAUAUUAUAACUUUCUAAGGCGUAUAACACAAAAAUACGGAUAUGUAACGCUUUUAAUUUUCGUUUCGAACAGAACGAUGUCAGUUCAGCGUUCUAUUCAUUUCGACUGUCAUAGAAUAGCACCGAUGCAUAAUUAUAAUGUAUCGUAAAGGUAGCGACGAGAUUUGCAGAUAUAAUGAUUUCUAAGCAUUCCACAAUUUUUAUUUUACCACUGGAAUCGACAAAAGUGGUUUUUUAUGUUCUGGUUGUAAGUAAGUAGGAGCGUCGUAAUUGUGUUUUAAUUGUACAUUCUAAGAAUAAUCAAAAGUCAUACAUUUGUUGCACUCUCUAAAUAGCGCCAUCAGAGCCGCAGAAUCUGCUUCUCGAGCUGCAAUUAAACAUGCGAGUUCAAUUCUGUUUUUACUUAAUGACAUUGAGCAUUUACUCGGAAUUCAAUACCUGACACCAAAAUUACCAGCUGGUAAUUUUGAGAUUGGAAAAGUAUAGGGUGUGGAGGGGAAUUGACAUUCGAAUAGAAUUGGACUAUUGCCUUGUGUAGUUUAUUUCAAGAUUUUAUAUGUAUGCAGUUGUUUCAUGCAUUGUAUUUUUAGCACAAUUCGUUAAGUUCCUUUAUAUUGUACCAUACAUUUUGUGUCGCCUUUGCUUAUGUUACUACAUGAAUACAAACGUUAACUUAUAUUACGGAGUACUAUGGUCGAGGUGUUAAUAAUGGUUAGUCUUACAGUUAAUUUAAAUAGCAGUUUUCUGUUUUUUGAUAUAUCUCAAGCGUUAAGGCUGCGGGGCUGCAAUAUUAUAUUUAUAAAUUUAGGAGGGUUGAAUGAAAAAUAAAUGAGCUGAAAUCAUUGCAUUCAUCGUGCUAAUAGUUUAAUUUUCGUUUUGAUAAUAUAUGCAACGAAAUAAUCAAUGCAGUGGCCACUUUAAUUCUCUUAUUGCAGUUGUGUACGUCGAAAAAACUAUUUAUCUAUUUGAUAUAAAUAUUAUUUUAUCUAAAUGCGAUAUGCUCAGUAGCCUUGGGAAUUCUUUUUUAUUUGGCUGACCAAACUGCCUAACCUAGUCUUUUGAAUACCUUAUAAAUGCAAUGAAAACAUGAUAUACAUAUUUCUCUGUGCAGUAGGAGAAAGAUUAAUUAAACAACACAAUAUUUUUUAAGCCCAUUGGAGAUAAAUGUGCUGUGUCGACUAGAAGUAAAAAAUGUAAUAAUGAUUGAGCUUUAAAAACUAAAAUUGUGCAUAUUAUGAAAAAAUCAACCACCUUUGUCCAAUUAGAAAAGUACUAAUAUAAUCGCGAAUGGAUAUAUUAUAUGUAAUAUUUAUUAAGUAUAACCUUGUCACGGAUGCAACGUUUGCUUAUCGUACAAAUAAUAAUAAACAUUCGCGUGGAUGAAGUAAAGAGUUAUUUGACCCAUGGCUUCGAACUAUUCAAGAGAAGAAAACUUUAUGACUGAAGGUAUCUGUCCAUUUUUAGUAACCAAGAAUGCCAAAUGUAAUAUAAGUAAUCAAUAUGUCACAGAGAUCCUGAAAUUGCUCCUUUCCUUACAUACCUUUGUGUAAUUCUUUACGAAUAGGAAAUUAAUUUCAUUCGUCCACACUCUCUUAAAUUUAUAAAUCAUGUCUGCGAUUCUUUCGACUUUUUAUUUCAUAUUGAACUUUUUUAAAGUUCUUUUGACAAAUUCUGUUUUGUAGUUAGGUUUAUGUAAAUAUCUUAUUGUAUCCACACAGAACAAUCAUUAUAAAUCACGCUUGCAGAACAAUAGUCACGAUACUUAAGAGUUUAUGUUAAGUUUACAUUGAUUACACGUGGGUAUGGCUUUAACGUUACGAACCAGAGAUAGAUUGGCACCCCGAUAACACCGAUAAUAAAGAUAAUUACUUUAACCAA